AUGAUGUUGAAUCCAGCCAAGUGUGCCUUUGGAGUUGGGUCUGGAAAAUUUUUAGGUCUGAUGGUCUCAAAACGUGGGAUUGAGGCCAACCCCGACAAGAUAAAGGCCAUCCUUGAUAUGGAACCACCUAAGUCUAUAAAGGAUGUUCAAAAGUUAACAGGAAGAAUCGCGGCACUGGGACGUUUCAUCUCGAAGUCUGGGGAUAAGUGCUUGCGCUUCUUUAAGGCUUUGAAGAAAGUUAAAUAUUUUGAAUGGACAAGUGAGAGUCAAGGGGCCUUUGAGCAGUUGAAGAAGUAUAUGGCAGAGCCACCACUCUUGUCAAAGCCCAUAAAUAGAGAAACAUUAUAUGUCUACUUGGCUGUCUCUAAGAAAGCACUAAGCGCGGUCUUGGUUCGUGAGGAUCGAAAAAUCCAGAAACCCGUCUACUAUGUUAGUAAGAUUUUGCAUGAAGCAGAGCUCAACUAUUCUGUGAUGGAGAAGUUUGCCUUAGCCAUGAUUACAGCUUCAAGAAAGCUGAGGCCUUACUUCCAGCCCGAAACUAGUGGAAGAUUAAUCAAAUGGGCAGUAGAGCUUGGGGAAUUCGAAAUUCGAUACAAACCACGGGUGGCAAUCAAGGCUCAAGCUCUAGCUGACUUCCUCGUUGAAUGCACCAUUGACCACAAGGAUGUCGGGGGGCAGGAGAGUAAGGUAGAGGAACCCAAAGAAGAGGAGAAACCUAAAGAGUAUUGGUUACUAUUUUUUGACGGAGCUUCAAAAACAAAAAAUAGUGGGGCAGGGCUGGUGCUCCGAAGCCUGGAUAGGUUCACGAUCGAGUACGCGAUCAAGUUAGACUUUCCAACUACCAACAACAAAGCUGAGUAUGAGGCCCUUAUAGCUGGAUUGGGAUUGGCGAGAACCCUGAGGGUUAAAAACCUGAAAGUCUAUGGGGACUCAAGACUUGUGGUGUCACUGGUUAAUGGAGAAUUUGAGGCACGAGAAGAAACAAUGCUGAAAUACUUGAGGAUUGUUAAAACCCAGAUGAAACAAUUUGAAGAAUGUUUGGUAGAACAUAUACCCAUGGAAGAGAAUGCAAAGGCUGAUGCCUUAUCCCAGUUUGCAUCCUUGGAGAAUGAGGUGUGCUCGGGAAGUGUUUACUAUCAGGUUUUGAAAACCCCAAGUAUCAAUGCCAAGCUGGUAGCCCCAAUUGACAUGGGGGCCACUUGGAUCGAUGAAAUCAAAUCGUAUCUCGAAACUAGAUACCUACCACCUGAUGCCAGGGAAGCACGAAAACUACAGGUAAGAGCUUUAAAGCCAGAUGAGGCCCGGGAAGCCCUGAAAGAGGUCCAUGAAGGAAUUUGUGGCCAGCACCUAGGUGGGAGAGCCCUGGCUCACAAAGUUACUCGCCUUGGGUACUUUUGGCAAAAUAUGUUAAAGGAGGCGAAGGAUUAUGUUAAGAGAUGUGCCAAAAUAACCACCAAACAAGUUGCUCAGUUCUUCUGGGAAAACAUCAUAUGCAGGUAUGGCAUACCCCGAGUCUUGGUUACUGACAAUGGAGCCCAGUGCAACAAUCCAGAGUUUGUAGGAUACUGUAACGACUAUAGCAUUGAGCUACGAUUCACUUCAGUUGCCCAUCCUCAAGCCAACAGGCAAGCUGAAGUAGCCAACAGGAUAAUCCUUGAUGGACUAAAGAAAAGAGUCGAGAAAGCGCAUGGGUCUUGGGCUGAAGAGAUUCUCCCUAUACUAUGGGCAUAUCGAAUAACCUGCAAGGUCUCCACCCGAGCAACCCCAUUCCAGUUAGCUUACGGAGCUGAAGCCGUGGUGCCACUUGAGAUAACUUAUACCUUCCCCAGGGUCUAG